AUGGCUUCAGAGCUUUCCUCAAACUGGAAGAAGUUGCAAGCCAAGAUCAAAGCCGAGCCCACGACAACUACUUCAACCCCGAAGAAAAGACCUGCGCCAGACAGCAUAGAGACCAAAGCAACUCAGUCAAAACGGCCUCGAACAGGACAGAAAUCACAAGGGGCGCCAAGGAGACCGGCGCGAACAGGCAAGCCCGGCAGCCCAACUGCGCCGCCGCCGCCUAAAGCUUCCAGCAACAAGAUGGGCAUAUCCCAGUCCUCACAGCCCGUCCCGGAUGUCGUGAAAACCAGCCACAAGCUCACGCCUUCCCUCGCACUUUGGGCCGCAGACAACGACAUCUCUCCUGAGGAUAUCGCGCAAGCAUACGGUCUUGGCACCGGGCCGUCCAAGUCGCUCCUCUCCUCCUCCUCGUCACUGAAGAGCGCUACUGAGUGUCGCCCGAACGCCGGCCUGACUCCCGACCUGGAGGUGGGGAAGUAUGUCGGGAUGGACUGCGAGAUGGUGGGCGUGGGAGACGGCGGCCGCGAGUCCGCGCUGGCCCGCGUGAGCAUCGUCGACUUCCACGGGCGGCAGGUCUACGACUCGUUCGUCCGACCCAAGGAGCGCGUCGCAGACUGGCGGACAGCCGUCAGCGGCGUGUCGGCCAAGGACAUGCCAUCUGCGCGGACCUUUGAAGAAGUCCAAUCGCAGGUGGCCGAGCUGAUCAAGGGAAGGAUCGUGGUGGGCCACGACCUGCGGCACGACAUGCAGGCGUUGAUGCUGGACCACCCGCUCAAGCUGGUGAGAGACACGGCGCGAUACUCGGGGUUCAAGAAGUACGGACACGGUCGGAAGCCUGCCCUGAGGAACCUCGCCAGGGAGAUCCUGGGCGUCGAGAUCCAAAAGGGACAGCACUCAAGUAUCGAAGAUGCCCGAGUCGCUAUGCUGCUUUUCAGGAGGUUCAAGCCAGCGUUUGAUGUCGAACACGCGAACCGGUUCCCAGACACUGUCCCUCAGUCUUCAAAACCGAGGUCCAGUGGCAAAUCCAAGAAGAAGAAGCACCGCUAG